AUGUUUCCAAGCAUCUUCAGACUGUGGCCUGCGGCCCUUCUCUUCCCUGCUGUGUUGAGUCUUUCAGUUGAAAUUACCCAGGACUUCCCCUUGGGUUCCGAGGUCGAAAACCUCGCGCUGCGGCCCUCCGGAUCUGCCCUGGCCACCGUCUAUACGUUCCCCUACCUCUACGAAGUUGACGUUUCUCAAUACUCGACACCCAAGCUGCUGCACACCUUUACAAACACAAGCGGCGCCUGCGGCAUAGCUGCAUCGUCAGAAACCGACGUCUAUUUUGUUCUCACCGGCAAUUUCUCAUUCCAAUCAUUCACUCCCGUGCCCGGGUCGUACGCGAUCCACCGCUUGUCAUUCAGCGAGUGCGGCAAACCGAUCGUCAAGGAACUUGCUCCUCUAGGGGACAUCUCUCAACCCAACGGCAUGAUCGCCGUGCCCAACACUCCAUAUGUGCUUAUCGCAGACAACAGAGGCGGCUUUGUGUACCGUUUCAACACCGAAACACUCGAGCUCACCAUCUACUUCGACGAUCCUCUUCUGAAACCGAAUUCGACCGCAGGUGUUCUCUUUGGUGUCAACGGUGUCAAGCUUUCGCAAGGCUUCUUUUACUUCAGCAACACGAACCAGCAGAUAGUGGCCAGAAUCAAAGCCACUGGGGAGGAGUCUCGAUUGGAAGGCACCUCGGAGAUCGUUGCUUUUGAGACGAUUGUCGACGACUUCAUCGUCGAUGAUGUAACUGGGGAUCUCUACGUUGCAGAGCAGGGCAAUAACGCACUGGGUCUCGUCAGGAGGGAUGCGUACGGCUCCAAGCCGAAGACGAUCGUCGGCGGACCGGGCAGUACGACUCUUCUGGCCCCAACCGCCGCCAUUUGGGCCAAAGAUGCUGUGGGACGGACACUGAUCAUCUCGGUGACUGGGGGAUUCGAACAAUUUUACACUCAGGUCUACACUGGCGGGGCAAGGCUCGCAUUGAUUAAUCUGUAG